CACAACAGUCCCCCAUUCCAGCAGUUGAAGCCGGAGGGGAGAGCGUGCGGUGGGGCUUGCCUCCAUACCCCAACAGGGGGAAUGGGCUUGGAGUUUGAAAUAACAAGUCUUUCAUUGAAAUGACUCCAGUGCUGUAGCCACCCAAUCUCAGCUUCAGUCUUCUCUUCAGUAUGAGAAUAAUGAUAAUGACUUGCUUCACAUACAGUAGCUAUCCUGAGGACUACAGGACCAUAAGAAACCUGCAGAAUGCACUGAGGAAUUGAUUGGAAAAAUCUACCUGGCUAGAACAUGAAGCUAAUGCAGAAGUGGCUCACUAGUAACAAAGCAAUGUAUCUCCACCAUUUGGAAAUAUAGGCAAGAAGAAGCUGUGGAAUACCAUGGUAACACUAAUAACAGAGAAACUGCAAAACCAGACUUUGGAAGACCUGACAUGUAAAACAUUCAAUAUUAAUCUGUAUUCAUCUGAGAAGCAGAACAAAAGUUGUAGACAAUUCCCAUUUGAAGUUAAUGCAGAAGAGGGCCCUUGGAAAUCUUCACAGAUUGAAGAUAGUCAAGUCAGAACUGAACCAAGUAAAAAUUUAGUUUGUUCUUCGUCAUUUUGCCCAUUUAGUUCAAGUGCAUCUAGCAUAGGUUUACAUUGGCAACACAGAUCUCCAGCCCAAUCCCUGGUUUCAGGAUGGAUAAGUGAACUCAAUCUUAAUGAGAACUCCAGACAGCCAUUGACACCACCUACCAAACGACAUUGUAGAUCACUCUCUGAACCAGAUGAGUUGGUCCGAUGCCGAUCACCAUGGAAACCUGGUAGUUCAAAGAUCUGGACUCCUGUGUCUAAGAGGCGAUGCAAUAGUGGAGGCAGUACUACUUUGCAGAGAUGCAAUAGCCAUGGAAGCACUGCCUUGAAGCAAAGCACAAGCAUCAUUCUGCCCCACAGCAGACAAUCAUUCAAUAAUGUGUUCCAAGUCACCAGCUUCAGCACUUCACCAGUACCCAGACCAUCAUCUGCAAGUAGUGGUUUUGUAGACAGUAGUGAAGGAAGCUCGAGUUCAAGUUUUAAUUGGAAUUCUGGAAAACCUUAUGAUUUUAACCCAAGACGUCGCCUUUCCCUAUCACAGGAACAUAUUACUGAAACAGGAAAGAACUUAUCCUCAGCCAGCAGCACUCCCACCUCCACACCAGAGCUCACUCGGAAUCAGGGCUUGUUAAGGUGUCGCUCACAACCUUGUGUCCUGAAUGAAAAGAAAAGCCGACUUAAGCGUAGACGAGAAGAGGAUGUCCAAUGGAAUCGCCCUUCAUUAGACUUUUUAAAAAUGACUCGGACUUUAAAAAAUUCAAAAAGUCUCUGCUCUCUUGAUUAUGAGGAUGAUGACAAUGAUGAGGCACAGAUGAAGACCAUAGUCUCCUCUCCAUGUGACUCGGAUGAUUUUCUGAACGUAGUCACCCCUAGUUUCAGCCUAGAGAAAGAACAGCCAAAUGAUGGCUGGCAUCCUGGUUCACAGCAAGCCAGCUUCAGCACAAGAGAUUCUGUGGAAGGGGCUGCCAUGUGUGAGAGUGAAGAUGAAACCAGUGACUGUGAGAGCACUGAAGAAGGCAUCUUUCCUCUGGACUGUGAGGCCUUAGAUUUAGAGCAGAUUGAAAAUAACUGAGCAAGAGGUGCGCUAAAACCUGGACUUGCAUUUUGUACCAGAAGGGCGGUGGGCUCUGAUGUUACAUCCCUAAGUUUCCACAAUGUGUGCAAGCUGCCUGCAGCUUAGGUGAGAAGUCACGUUUCUAGUGAAGGUAAUAAUAACUGUAGAAGGAGGCAACAUGUUGAGAAAUCAUUUGGAUGUAGACACAACUCCUAUUACAUGUCUUAUGGUUCUUUCCUUUCCACUGCUAGAAAGUUCAUUCUAUGGAAACCCAUGGCUGGAAAAGGCAUUCAGUGCUGCAGUUUGGCUGCAGUGAUUCUGUUGAGCGUUUAUUAGGCUCAUUACUAAAUAGAAGGUAAGUUACUUAAUCAAAUCACGAAUGAACUCUACAGCAUUUGAUCCAAAACAGGUCACUGCUUUGUGCAGUGUGUACUUUGGAAUUUCAUGCAGGGAUGGCUCUCCAUACAAGUGGAAGCCUGGCUUACAUGGCAGUCACACCCUGAAUGUCCUUUGGUUUGUUCUUGCCUUUCUUGACCGGGUUAUAAAUCGGAUGUGAGCCAGAAGAGUUCAGUGCCACACUUGUUGACCACAGGAGCCCUUCUUAGAGUUACAUAGUGACAAGGAUCUUUGCAGCCCUGCGUAGCUGAAUACUUUUGUACCUUCAGAUUAUGAGGAAGCACAGAAGGUGUAAGAAUGUUUAUCUGUAAACAAAUGUUGACAAAUAGCAGUUUCUGUGAACUAAAACUACCAAAACAUGGUGGAAG